UCCAGGCACACGUUGUGUUCUCAACCCUGUUUCUGAAAUGGCUCACCUGGUCCAAUCUGUGUUCUUUGCCAGCACUAAUACAUGUCAAUAUUACCCUCCGAGGUUUGCAACUCCUAAUGAGGCAGCGGCCUUCGAAGCUGAAUGUACGAAGACUGUGUCACAACUACUUGCCUUGUGUUUUCCACCUGUUGCCGAUUCUACGCGUUACCAUUGCUCUGGUCGGAUUGUUUCGGUUGAUUCUUCUAUGCAGUGGUACUACUUGGGUUGUGCGCUUUGUUCCAAAGCAGCCAUAGAUUAUGAUGGUGUUGACAAAUGGUGUGAUGACCACCGUCGUUUGGUGCCUCAACAAACACAGAACUUUUACAAACUUCGGGUAACAGUUGAUGACAACACUGGAUCAGCAGCUUUUGUUCUGCUGGGUAGGGCCGCUGACCUUCUUGUGGGCUUGACUGCUAACGAUCUCUCUACUAGGUUUCCUUACCAACGCAAUGUUCUUCCACAAGAACUUCUGGCUCUUGAAGGGCGAGACUUUACUUUUGACGUCCAGCUUCCAAAACCGGAAUAUGGGGCUCGUGGCCCGCCAGAAUUCACGGUCCUUGCUGUCAAUGAGCAAGAACAGCCAAAUUCCUGCUCACCAACUCUUGGUCGCCGGGCAAGAAAUGCUAUGCCCCAUACACCACCUCCUAACAGUCCUCACUUGAUGCCUCUUACUUCUCCAUAUGUUGUUCCAACAAUGCAGAACGCUUCGGUAGAGCAUGGUUCUUCUGUUGCUUCACCAAGUGGGAGUUCUCAGCUUGCAUUUUCUACUCCUCCACGUCGCCCC